ACUGAAUCCACAACUCGUUACGCUAAUCGCUGCUCAGACUGACUCUGAACAACUGACUGAGACUGGAGGCUCCGGGCGCCGGUGAUGCGACGCAGACCGCCGCUGAUGUCUGUGUGCCGUGAUGUGUGUGGCGUCUGAGCAACAGCCCGGAGUGUGUGUGAGUCACUGUGAUUCGAGUUGACAAUCCAGAUAUGUGGGGCUUACAAUGCACCGACGACCAAACAUGCAAUAGAAUUGAAUGGGAGCUUCUGGGAAAUUCACAGAGAUUCUUCUGUGACAUUUAGCCUACCGUGCUAUGGAAGUUAAAAAAGGGAUUUUACAUUGCAUUCGGUUCUUAAGUCCUCAGUGAUAUUUUAUAAGUGGAAUGGAUUGGGGAAAUAUUUUCGGGAGCGUGUAGCCUACGAGAAUACCUGUUCGCGCCAACUUUUUUUUCUCUUGAAGAGUGGUUCAAUGUAAAAAAACUUUAAUGUGGCAUUACACCGGUCCCUAAGAAUGGCGAUGAUGAAGGCGAACUUGAGCUGUCUGGAUAGUUUAUCCCGGGGAAACACCAGCCUCCCCGCCAGGAACACGUCUCCCGGUGUAGCGGCCACCCUCGCCGGCGUGCUGAUCUUCACUACCGUGGCUGAUAUCCUUGGAAAUCUACUGGUCAUCCUGUCCGUGUACAGGAACAAGAAACUGAGGAAUGCAGGUAACAUCUUUGUGGUGAGUCUUUCUGUUGCUGACCUGGUGGUGGCGCUGUACCCCUACCCCUUGGCUCUGUUCGCUAUCUUCCACAAUGGCUGGACAAUGGGCUCCCUGCACUGCCAGCUGAGUGGCUUUGUAAUGGGACUGAGCGUGAUCGGUUCGGUCUUCAACAUCACGGCCAUCGCCAUCAACCGCUACUGCUACAUCUGCCACAGUCUUCGCUACGACCGACUGUAUUCGCGCAGGAACACCUGCCUGUACCUGCUGCUCACCUGGAUGCUAACCGCUUUGGCCACCGUGCCCAACUUCCUUGUGGGUUCCCUAAAAUACGACCCACGCAUCUUCUCCUGCACCUUCGCCCAGACAGCAAGCUCCUCUUAUACAGUCUGUGUUGUUCUGAUCCACUUCCUUCUCCCGCUGGGUGUGGUUUCUUUCUGUUACCUGCGUAUAUGGACAUUGGUGAUUAGGGUCAAAAGUCGUGUCCGGCCCAAUCCAAAAGCCAGAGCAGCUGACAUGAGGAAUUUCCUGACGAUGUUUGUGGUGUUCGUACUGUUCGCCGUAUGCUGGGCGCCCCUGAACUUCAUAGGACUCGCCGUGGCGGUUAACCCUGCAAGAGUGGCGCCCAUUGUCCCUGAGUGGCUGUUUGUUACCAGCUACUUUAUGGCAUAUUUCAACAGCUGUCUGAAUGCUGUUGUCUACGGGUUGCUUAACCAGAACUUUAGGCAAGAGUACAAACAGAUUCUCCGUGCUCUCUGCACCCCAAGAGCGCUGUUCAUUGAAAGCUCCAGGUGCAACACUGAAGCCAUGAAGAGUAAACAUUCACCGGCGGGAACUAAUAAUAACGUGAAAGAGACCAACAUGUAUAAGGGCAGAGAAACACAUACUCUUUUCUAGUAGAUCACUCCCCAUUUACCUAACAACCACAAUAUAAGGGUACAACAGGCCAAGAGGUGGACAUGGGUAAAAUGCGCAUAUGUUUUUAUUUUCCCAGAUUGCAGCAAAAAUCCCCACAGCACUUUUCUAAUCAUCUGCAGUUCAUGAAACACUGUGAAAUUUGGGAUGAUUCUUGAUGUGAUCGUGUGCAGAAACACAAAGUCAAUUCUGAACUAGGUUUAUCUAAUAUUUAAGGUUUUUAAAAUGUUAUAUAGGGUUAUAUAGCUAAAAUAAUAAAAUUCAAUCCAAAAGAUUAAACUGGGUUGGGUCAAAUGAAUAUAUAUAUAAGAAUGGUAUUUGGGGUGAAAAGUGUCCCUAUUGCUAUACAGGCACAUUAAUUGAACUAAUAAUAAGCUGGCUGACUAUUAUGUUGGGUAAUCAUAUUUACAUAUUUAUAAAAUAUUAUUUAUUUUCACUGUUAAGCCAUAUUAAAUUAUAUCUUCUGAGUAAGAAUAUUUCAGAAUCUUUUAAAUCCAAUUUGCAUGUUGUUGUUGUUGUUGUUGUUGUUUUUUUGUUAAUGAAAGGAAUAUUUAUUGAAUUAAUUUAUGUUUUUGGAUAAAUAAUAUGGUACAAACUUUGUUGAAGGAAUUUUGAACAAGUGUCAACUUAUAAUGUAAUAUAUUUUGCAUAAUAAUGACCAUGCUUGCAAAGUUGUGAAUAGAAUACUGUUUCUGGGUCUAAGUCUCUUGUCCAAGUUUCAAGUGAGAAAUUGAUUAUCUCAACAGACAAAAGCCAUUUAUGAGCACUAUUUAUUUACAACACACUAAAAUGUGUUUCCAUGGAUAUCAAAAUGUCAAAAAGAAUCACUGUCUAUCCAUCUGUAAUUUCACUAUGGAGAUAAAGGUUAUGAUCAUGAUUUAUUUGGUAGUACACUCUCAGUACAAAAGCAUUAAUUAAUAAAAAUUCAACAAAAUUACUGAAUAGGAAUAUUUUUUUAAACCUCAACUGAGCUAUACAAAGGUGUUUGUCAAGGGACAAAAUCUACAUUAGGUGGCAAUUUAGCACCAUCGUACCAUAUAUCUAUUCUACAGAAGUCUGUGUGGAGGCUAUGAGAUGAUAAUGGUAUUCCUUGUAGAAUGAACAUUCUUUAAUAAAUGGAGUGGUUGUCAGCCUUUUUGUGUUUUUAUUUGAGCAGACUUGAGCUAAAAAACAGAGAAAAUAAGACUGCAGACUGUCGAGUCUGUCUGCUCUUGAGUUCCUAUAGAUUGGCUGAUACCAUGGCAACUGACACUGAAAAAAUAUGUUUUGAUGCUCUGUGAGUAAAUUCCUUUGUAAAGUCUUUGUAUAUGGAUGAUUUGCAUAUCAGGUGCGUCUCCAAGUUAUGGACUGAAAAUAUAUAUAUAUAUAUAUAUAUAUAUAUUUGCAGUAAUAAAAAAGGAAAAUGAGACAAUUUUUUUUUUUUACUUUUGCAACAACAAUUAAUUUAGUGAAAUAUUUUUGAUAUACUGUAUCUACAUCAUGAUCUGUAUUUCCCGACUAUCAGAGUGGGCAUUUCCAAUCUGAGUGGUCUGCAUGCUGUGGUGCUGAGAACUAAACUACAUCUUGUCUUU